UGUUUGCGGUUGUCAGUGCGAGACUGUUGUAAAUGUGAGAGUGCAGUUUUUGCAAGUUGGGGGAAAAGCACAAAAUGGAAUGUUUGAUAGGUAUUCAAGGCAAAGAUUUCGUUGUCGUCGCGGCAGAUAUGAAGUCUGCACGAAGUAUACUGACAAUGAAACACGACCAAGACAAGAUGUUCCAGUUAAGUAGCAAACUGAUGAUGUUAGUCUGUGGGGAAUCAGGAGACACAGUACAAUUUGCAGAAUAUAUUGCUAAAAAUAUACAGCUUUAUAAAAUGAGGAAUGGAUAUGAAUUAUCACCACAUGCCGCAGCUAAUUUUACAAGGAGAAAUUUGGCAGAAUAUCUCAGGAGUCAGACUCCAUACAUGGUGAAUCUGUUGCUGGCAGGUUUUGACGAAGAAAGUGGACCUGCUCUGUACUACAUGGACUACCUGGCCUCCAUGAACAAAGUGCCUUUUGCAUUACAUGGUUAUGGCUCUUUCUUUGCUCUUAGUAUCAUGGACAGGUAUUACAAAGAAGAUCUCACACAGGAAGAUGCAGUAAAGCUUGUACAAAGAUGUGUUAAUGAGAUCAACAAAAGGUUUCUUGUAAAUCUACCAGCAUUUAAAGUCAGAGUGAUCAACAAGGAUGGCAUUCAAGACCUACCUGAUGUGAAACCAGUGCUGUCAACAUCUUAGUAACCAAAUGUGGAAUAAUAAACUUUAAAACAACAGAAAAUUAAAUGCAACAACAUUGCAGAUGACACCCAAAAAACUGUUCGCCUGUAGUUGUUUAUCCAUGAUGUUCAUAUAGUUAUCAUGUUGAAUGAUGAGGACUAGACUGCACAGUCAGAUUGAAGUUCAUCUUGUACAUGGACCAAACAGUUAAAAGGACUACGUUCAGUUUUAUGUGUACAAGUCAGAAAAAUGUGACAAAUUUAUUGUAAUCAACUAUGGUCAUGACUAAAAGAAGCAUCUUGUAAAAACUAAUGAGAUAUUUAUGUCAACUGUACAGUCAUUUUCAUUCACAAAAAAAAAAAAAA